AUGCUGCCAACCUUGGCCGUUGCCGAUGAUGUUGUUAUAGAAGAUCGUUUAUCCUUGCGAUUUACUGAAAUUUCUCGCGGCGACCUGGUAACAGCCAAAUCCCCGUUAGAUCCGCUUCGCAUUGUCUGCAAACGGAUAAUUGGGCUUCCUGGCGAUGUCAUAUGUGUUGAUCCCACCGGGCAGCUGGCUCCUUCGACCGAGCAUGUCGUUGUUCCCAGCGGCCAUGUCUGGCUUAGUGGAGACAAUUUUUCUCAUUCGCGCGACUCACGGAGUUAUGGGCCUGUUCCAAUAGCCUUGAUACAGGGCAAGGUGCGAGCCAAGGCGAGUCUGUCGAUCUUAGGGCGCUUUCUCUUCCUCAUGCUCCACAUGCAGAUCCAGCCACUGAGAGGCUUUACGAUAUACCAUAACCCUGUAACGUAUCUGGACUGA